CUGGAGCGCAACUCCACUAGCACUCGAAAAUAUACACCGCGAACUCUUCCAUCGUUAUAUGCGGAACGGUAACAACCACCCCUUCGCUCGUUGUGGCCGAGAUCGUGCAUGACCGUUGUGGUCUUAUGCAUCCUACCGCCUAUUAUUUAUAUCUUCCCCCGUUUCCUUCCGCUUCCAAUUGCCUUCUCUAUAUUUUAUUUUAAGAAGAACUCGACUAGAAUAAUAGAAAUAAGAUGUCAUCUGCGACGGCGUCCGGCGCGGAUGCAAAGCCAAACGGCUCAGCGAAAUCCAGAGAACAUAACCAAGGGAACCAAGACCGGAAAUUCACUCCAGAACAGAAAGCGGCAGUGCUACGUGUUCGGAAAUGUUCGCCGACUGCGUUCUAUGAGAUUCUAGCUCUAGAGAAGACUGCGUCUGAUGGAGAGAUAAAGAAGGCUUAUCGGAAACUGAGUUUACUCACACAUCCUGAUAAAAAUGGGUUUGACGGAGCGGACGAGGCUUUCAAAAUGGUAUCCCGAGCGUUUCAAAUACUAUCAGAUUCCGAGAAAAAAUCGAAAUACGAUAAGUUCGGCGGAGAUCCCGAUAAUAGAUUUUCACCGGGGGCUUCAUCGUCAUCUUCACCGUUCAGCGGAUUCAGCGGAUUCCCUCAAGGGAGGGGUAGAGGGCCAAUGUUUGAUGAGGAAAUAUCUCCCGAGGAGUUGUUCAACAGGUUUUUUGGAGGCGGCGGCUUUGGUCCUUUUGGAGGGGGAAUGUUUGACACUGGCCCUCAAUUUGUCUUUAAUAUGGGAGGCGGCCCCAAUAUCCGAGUUCAUCAAUUUGGCGGCUCACGACCCAGACGAAGACCUCGUGAGGCAGAGAAUCAGUCAGGUGCCCAGGCUCCCCCUGCUGGCUUGGCAUCAUUUGCACAGUUCAUUCCAAUCCUCCUCAUAUUCUUCCUCCCGCUCCUCACCUCUCUGUUCUCCGGCUCAACCUCCUCCGGACCUUCUCUCCGAUUCGACAAAGCUGUGCCUCCCCAUACAAUGCACCGUACGACACCGAAACUCAGACUAGACUAUUUCAUAAAUCCCGCUGAGGUGGAAGAUUUCAGUGCGCGCAAAUUCUACCAGCUCGACCACAAAGUCGAGGUUGAUUAUGUAUCAAACCUACGGUAUGACUGCGAAAGAGAAGUUCAAGCGCGCGACCAGAUGAUACAAGAUGCUCAGGGCUGGUUCUUCCCUGACGUUGAGAAGCUGAAGGAGGCACGUUCGUUGGAGCUUCGGAGUUGCAAGAAGUUGAAUUCGCUAAAUCUUUAAUGGGGCGGACUUGUUAGGCAUUUCCUCAUAUGUGCUCCUUAUUGCUAAUGAUAUAAAUAGACAAUAAUAUUCUGUUUCAUUUUGUGUAUGAUUGGGGUUUGGCGUUCCGCGAUUAGCAUCAUGACCCAGGGAUACAUGUCUUUGUGCUCAUUUCCUCUUCACAUUUUCUUCUUCCAUUUCUAUUUUUGCUUUCGUUUUUCUUCCCUUGAAUAUUGUAAAUAAUUCGAACAUUUUUAUCGCUUGACUUCUUAACAUAUAAUAUAAUUUCUGGU